UUUCAGAACGAAUUAUAAAUGAACAAUGGAUUAUGAAAGCACGUCGUUCGAUCAGUCAAUCGCGACUAAUGACACCGACCAAGAAUGUGCAUAUUCCGAACCCGUAUACGUCAAAGAACGUUUUUGGAUGGUCGCGAUUUUUGGCACCGCUGUGUGCAUCAUAAAUAUCCUCGAAAACACAUUUCUCUCCUUUAUGCUAUUCAAAAAAAAAUCAUAUCGUUCGAGUCAUAUGCUCUACCUGGCACUUUUAGCCUUUUUUGAUGUUUGGAUGGCACUUGCAUAUAUUCCAUUGAUGAGUUUGAACCUAUUUGUCGAUUACUACAAGUCUGUAGUCUUACUUCGUGCUUGGUUUGCCUAUAUGUUACCCAUGAUCACAGUAUCCCAUAUCGCUAUGACAGCUUCAUCGUUUUUAAUGGUUGCUGCUUCUUUAGAAAGAUACGUGAUAACUUGUCAUCCUACGAAAAAUCGGUGGCUUUCAAGAAAUCGAAUGUGGAUUGCAGCUUUUGCUAUUUUCCUCGGUACAACUUGUAAAUUCUCACAACUGUAUGAGAUGGAAAUUGAAUAUCUCCCCCAAUGCAUGGGAACAAUGAGAGAAUAUCAACUAAAUCUUUCUGCAUUGGCUCGCUAUGAAAUUUAUGGAUACUGGCGUGUUCAUUUUCGAACAAUAGUAACAAUAUUGAUACCAUUCUUCUCAUUGGCAUUUAUCAAUAUUCGAAUAGUCUUAGUACUUUCUAAAAACGAAUUCAAAUUUCUUCACUCAACAAAACUAAGCGAUGCAAAAAGGAAGUCGGCAGUUCGAAAUGCAACAAGAACAAUGGUAUUCAUUGUAUUCACUUAUCUACUAUCAAAUGUUCUAAAUGUUAUCAUUAUCAUCUGGGAAUAUAUUGAUAUGGAUAUGUUGACUCAACAAUUUGAAACUUUCUACAUGUUCGCUGUUGAUGUCGUUUCACUUUCUACAAUUAUUUUUGGAGCACUUCGACUUCCAAUUUAUGUAAUUUGUCAAGCCAAUUUGAGAAAGGAAUUUUUUGCUCAAUUAAAAACUAUGCUUUCACUCAACAGUUACACGGGUUUUCUUUCUUCAUCUACCAAGAAUAUGACUAUCGAAGAUAUGGAUAUUGAUCGAAGGACUCCAGAUAUAAGUGGAGAUGGUGAGAGACAGUAUCCGUUAUUACUUUCGUUAGGUACCGUCCUGAUCGUUGAAUCCGAUCAGAAAAAGGAUUCUUCGGCGACUUGUACCGUGAUUCGAAAAAAUAGUCUUCAUCGAAUGAAUGGAGGAUUCAGUGAUAUGAGCGAGAAAGUUCAAAUUGUUUAAUUUCAUUUUUAUGCUGGUAGAUUAUGCUUGCAAGUUGAUAGUCUUGACGUAUUCAAUAUGGUGGUUUUGUAUGAGAUUUUUGGAGUUUGAAACAGAAGAGCAGAUGAAUUAGUGAUUUUAUGACACACCGAUAUCGGAAAAAUUUGAAGUUGUACUAUUUUAGAGUCACAGAAAUUUAAUCAAAACGUAAUCAAUGCAGCGAUUCAAGCAAUUUUUGAAUAAGUACAAUUCCAAACUUGAAAAAAUACUCAUCGAAAACCAAUUCAUACGUCCUUCUGACAAUCCACUUGCUUGAGAAUUCUGUGAAAUCUUAUACAAAAAAUUGAUUAGACAACAACUAUUACUUAUCAAAUUGCUUAUAUUUGUAUUCAUCUUGGUUUUUCAUCUUUCCAGUUUUAACAUUUUUUCACCGGUUUUUCAUCCUUUGCCUCGAUUUCCCAUCCCUCUUUUUUUACCACUUUGUGUCUUCGUCCUGAAAAAGAAAU